GUGACUCGCGGUCCAUUUGAAACUCGCUGGUCAACGGUCGUUGGGUAUAAAAACUCGAUCGACUGAGCCGCUCAGCUGGUCGCACUUGUGCCAGCGCCUGUACUGUCACCUCAUCCACAUUGCAUUGUCAUUGUCCAUCUUCAACAUCCAUCUUCGUCGGACAUCCAUCUCGCAAACAAGGCUCAGCCAUGUCGGACGAAAAUGGCUGUCAGCAGAGCGGUGUUGGGCAUAAACUUAACACUUCUACGACGACCAGCAAGGGGCUUUUGCCGCUGCAGCCCAUGAAAGCUGUCUCCGGCGAAAGGUCUUUCAACACUUCGCUGGGCUCGUCGCUCAACGCGACCGCAGUCAACAUCUCCACAUCCCAUACGCCCUCGAAAACCCCGAGGAAGACACCAAGCAAACAAAGCCGAAAGAAGACUCCCAGAAAGACUCCCGUGGCCGGCAAUGGGGGAGACCGCUUCAUCCCCAACCGCCACAGAAUGCAGUUCGAGCUCGCCAACUACGUCCUGACCAAGAAAGAGAACACAAGCGAGGACGGCGAAAAUGCGGCGUAUCGAGCAGCGUUGGAAGGGCAGCUAAAUGCGGAUCUGGCGAAUUUCCGCAUCAUGUCGUACAGUGACAAAGCGCCGGCCCCGCCUGAAGGUCACGUGGGAAGCCGUGUCUUGUAUAGCGCCUCGAAGCCGACCACGUCUUCCAAGAAGGCAACGAGAUAUAUCCCUAGGACGGCGGAGCGGGUUCUCGAUGCUCCCGACAUUUGCAACGACUUCUACCUGAACGUGAUCGACUGGUCUUCCAAGAACCAGCUGGCAGUCUGCCUCAAGGGGCAGCUGUACCUGUGGAAUGCGAGCACAGGCUCCGUGGAUCAGCUCCUCGAGCUUCAGGCUCCGGACGCAUACCUGUGCUCAGUGUCCUGGUCGGCCGACGGAUCUUAUCUCGCCGUCGGAACCUCCGAGAACCAGGUGCAGCUCUGGGACGUCGCGCAGCAGAAGCGCCUCCGCACGUUGACGGGCCACGCCUCGCGCAUCUGCUCGCUGAGCUGGAACGUCCACACGCUGUCGAGCGGCUCCCGCUCUGGCCGGGUGCACCACCACGACGUGCGGGUGGUGGAUCACCACGUGGGCACGCUGUGCGCCCACCAGCAGGAGGUGUGCGGCCUGCGCUGGUCCCAUGACGGGCGCUGGCUGGCCAGCGGCGGCAAUGACAACCUGGUGCACGUCUGGCCGGACUCCAUGAGCCACGGCAGCGUCACCCCGCUGCACACCUUCGUGGAGCACCAGGCGGCCGUUAAGGCACUUGCCUGGUGCCCCUGGCAGUCCAGCCUGCUAGCAUCCGGAGGCGGAACUGCUGACCGUUGCAUCCGCUUCUGGAGCUGCAACCUCGGAAGCCAGCUCAACUUCAUUGACACAACCUCGCAGGUCUCGUCGCUGCUCUGGUCUGAAGAGCACAAGGAGAUCAUUUCGGGUCACGGAUUUGCAAAGCACGAACUCAUCAUUUGGAAGUACCCGUCCAUGAAUCGAGUCGCCGACCUCACAGGGCACACCGCACGCAUCCUCAACACAAGCCUAAGUCCCGACGGCACCAUGGUCGCAUCGGCCGGAGCAGACGAGACUCUUCGCAUUUGGAACUGCUUCGCCAAAGAUCCAACCAAAAAGAAACAGGAGAAGCUCCAAGCACGGUCCAUCUCGACAAUGUUCAGACAAAGCAUCCGCUGAUGCAGAUCAUAUACGUCCAGUCCACUCUCAUGUUAGUCCACUGUCAAAAAAAAAAAAAUAGUCAUGUUUACAGAGCAUUUUGUGGUCCGGAAGCUUCUUGCUUAGUAACCCAGCAUAGAUCAGUUUUGAACAAACAUUGUCUAUAACAAAUUGUGAACCAUUGGCUUUAUGUGUAAAACAGUUGUCUUAUUUUAUGGGCAAAUUGGGAUGUAAUGAAAAUGAUCAUGUACCAUGUUAGUAUGUCCUUAGUUGAAGUGAAAAGCAUGCAUAUUUUUCACUUACAUUUUGGUCCUGUCAGCAGGGUUGCUCAACAAGAAGUGUAAUUGUGUUUGUCUUACAUUGCAGUAGUGAUAAGUUUAGCUACCUUUUUUAGUUCAUAUAUACAUACACAUGUGCAUUUGAAGAAAGCUAAGUUUAUACCUGCAUUUUAAAAAAAAUAUUUGGCCGGGCCACAAGUUCUUUUUAGUUUUACUAUGUUUGACAAGAGGUGGAAUUGAAGUUUAUCCCUCAUUUUAGCUUUUUAGCCUUGCGAUAAAGACAUCUGAAUUAUUUUAAUGUUCUAACGAGUCCAGUCCUUUUCUUAGGUGGUCAGCCUUCGACUUUGUGAAUGUCCCUGCAAUGAGGAAUUUUAUGUGGACUUAAAUAAAGUGUAUUUUGUGAAA